GCCCCCUCCCGCCAGGCCCUGCCGGACCCGCGCCGUCUUCUUCUCCUUGUCACCCGCGGUUGCCUCGGGCGGGGAUCGGUGCCCCGGAGCGCAAAGCCUGACGCGUCCCCCCUCUCUCAUCACCCCCCCACACACACCUCCCACCACCCAGUCCCUGGCGGCGAUGAGACAGAGCGGCGCCUCCCAGCCCCUGCUGAUCAACAUGUACCUGCCAGAUCCCGUCGGAGACGGUCUCUUCAAGGAAGGGAAGAGCCCGGGGUGGGGGCCGCUGAGCCCGGCGGUGCAGAAAGGCAGCGGGCAGAUCCAGCUGUGGCAGUUUCUGCUGGAGCUGCUGGCCGACCGCGCCAACGCCGGCUGCAUCGCGUGGGAGGGCGGCCACGGCGAGUUCAAGCUCACGGACCCCGACGAGGUGGCGCGGCGCUGGGGCGAGCGCAAGAGCAAGCCCAACAUGAACUACGACAAGCUGAGCCGCGCGCUGCGCUACUACUACGACAAGAACAUCAUGAGCAAGGUGCACGGCAAGCGCUACGCCUACCGCUUCGACUUCCAGGGCCUGGCGCAGGCCUGCCAGCCGCCCCCCGCGCACGCCCACGCCGCGGCCGCCGCCGCCGCCGCCGCCGCCGCCGCCCAGGACGGCGCGCUCUACAAGCUGCCGGCCGGCCUGGCCCCGCUGCCCUUCCCCGGCCUCUCCAAACUCAACCUGAUGGCCGCGUCGGCCGGCGUCGCGCCCGCCGGCUUCUCCUACUGGCCGGGCCCGGGCCCCGCCGCCACGGCCGCCGCCACCGCCGCACUCUACCCCAGCCCCGGCUUGCAGCCCCCGCCCGGGCCCUUCGGGGCGGUGGCCGCCGCCUCGCACUUGGGGGGCCACUACCACUAGCCGGGGCGCCCGGAGCCGCGCGCCGUCCCAUCCACACCCGGGGAAAGGGCCCGGAGCCCCCCCACCGCUCCUUUGCUCUCAGAUUUUACUCCCUCGCCGCGCCCGCGCCCAGCCCCGGGGAAGGGGCAGGAAGCCUCCGCGGUCUUCUUUCAGCACUGGAUUUGCCCCUGCACCCCCCACCCCUCCUCCCACCCUGCAUCACCCUCAACCCCCAGGGGAGAGUGACUGUGGCCUCCUCCCCGCUUUCCUUAACUCCACCUUCUAGGCCCCAGAGCCCCGACGGGGUUCCCGGACCUCCCCUGUCUCUCCCUGUCCUCCACCUGUCUUGUGCCUGGCUCCUGGAAGCCCUCUCCGUUAGGACCCCUCUUUUCCGAAUUCCAAAUCUUUUCUCAUUUUUUCUUUCCCCCACUGAGCUGCCCCGUCCUGGAGUGAUAGAAGCCUCACACAGUCCUUGACCUCUGGGCUUCUCCGGGCUUGGUGAGGGCCGCUGCCCCCUGUGACUCCUCUGGGUAGCUUCUGGCCCCCCUUCCUCCCGCCUCUGUCUCUCUCUCUGGAUGGCCUGGUGUGUUUCUCUUCCCUUCCAGACCCAUUAAAGCUCCGGAGCUCCCUACUGCCUCCUCUCUGAGUUCUUUGAUGCACCAGAACCUUUAUUCCGGGGGAGGGGGGUGGAGAUGCCCAACUCAGGCCUGAGCGGGAAGGCCUUACCAGGAAGAGAAUGAGGGCAAAGCAGGCUCGGGUGCUGGGGGCGGGCAGAGGAGCCCCUGAUGGGUGGGCUCACCCCGGGAGGGAGGCCGCCCUGCUGCAGCCGCCCCACCUGAUGGACCCCAGGGUAGUCCACCCCAACCUGCCUCACUCUGCCUUCCACCUGUCCCUUCUCGCCACCCCGUCUCACCCCCCAUCCCAGCCGGUCUCCUCUGCACACCAUCUCAACCUUUCCUGUCUCCAGUUCCUUUCC